AUGUACUCUAAUGCUGAUAAUGUCACUGGAAAACCUAAAAAUAGAAAAAUGCCAGAAGCAACUUCUGCAAAUAACCAUAAACCAUCAAAUAAUAAAAUUGCUCUUGAAGACAAUGAAGUUGUUAUUGAAGACGAAAUAAUAGUAGAGUCUGAAGAUGAACAACAAGAUAGUAUUAAUUCUAUUUCAAUAACUAAAACUACUCCACAAGAAACGCGUUUAUUCAAAGCUGAGUGUUCAAUUCACAUAGUUAAGAGAAAAAUACCAGCUUUAUUAAAUACUGGUGCACAGAGAAGUUUCAUGAGAUUAGAAUUGUUUAAACAAAUCGUUCAAUAUUCUAAACUUUGGGCGGAUAUGAAUGGUAGCAUAGUAACAGCAAGUAGUGAGUCUUUUCCAUUUCAGUUUGGUGCAAUUCUUAAAUUGCAAAUUGGUGAAAAUUUGGUUCCAAUAUGGUUAUACGCUGUCAAACAUUUACGUGAUGACGUUGUCCUUGGAAUGGAUUUCUGUCGUAACCAUAUGGUAGCUCUAUUUGUUGAAAAAUAUUGUCAUCCUAGUGAAAUAAUACAAACAUAUUUACCUCGUGAUAAAGAAGCUAUCUCCCAAUUAAGGAUUCUAUUAAUGCAAUCUAAUAAUCCUCCUCCUGAACCAAUAUCCCUAAAUUAUACUGCUCAAAUCAAAUCUGAUAAAGUAAAGAUUGUUAAACUUGAAGUCAGUGGAAAUAAUACGAGUCUUGCUAAACUUGAUCCUCACCAAGUAGCAACUAAAAUUUAUAAACAAAUUGAAGAUACUGAAACUGGUGCAGUUGAAGGAUGUGAUAGUACAUCGAGCAGUGAACCACUGUUAGUCCAAAAGAAAGAUGGUCGUUGGAGAUUAUGUGUAAAUUAUAGAGGUCUUAAUGCUAGAACCUAUAAGUUUCGUUAUCCAUUGUCCAAGACUACACAGCUUUCCAUGUGGAAGGUCGUAGUCAGUAUAAAUGACUGGGUCGUAGUGAGUCAAACAUUGGAAGAUCAUGCUAUUUUACUUAAGACAUUAAUAUCAGUUCUCAAAGAGCAAGGUUUUGAAUUGAAUGUUGAUAAGCGUAAACUAUGUAAGAAUCCAAUUGAAUAUCUAGGUUUCAUAACUGAUAAAGAUGGAGUUCACAUAAACAGUAAAGUGAUUCAACCUAUUUUUGAUUCUCCUGUACCAACUAACACCAAACUACUUCGUCGAUUUCUUGGUAUGGUAAAUCGGUAUCAUAGACAUCUAAAAAUGGUCGCGGACAUUCAAGGUUCUUUGAAUAAAUUGUGUAGUCCAAAGAGUUCAUGGAAAUGGUCAAAUGAAGCUCAAAAGUCAUUCGAAACGUCGAAACAAGCAUUAAUAGAUGCUCCCACACUGUUUCCAGCAGAUCCUAAGUUGUCAUUUAGAUUGUAUACUGAUGCCAGCGAUACUGGGAUUGGUGCUGUACUGGUCCAGUAUGAUAAAGAGAAAGAUACUAAGUAUUUAAUUACUUGUAUUUCUAGACCUUUCCUACCAGCUGAAAGAAAUUACCAUACAUCAGAAAAAGAGUGUUUAGGAGUCAUUUGGUCAGUUAGCAAACUUAGACAUUUCCUAGAAGGAGUUCUAUUCUCCGUAUUUACUGAUCAUUCAGCCUUAACAUCAUUGAUGACAGCUACUAGUUUAAAAGAUAAAUUAGCUCGAUAG